UUGUUGCUCCAUCCUGCGCUGGCGAGUGAGGAGCCCAAAAAUAGGAAACAGGAUGAGCACAAUACAGCCACCCAGGCCGAUCGGGACAUUGUUGUCUUUGGACGUGAAUUGCCUGAAACAUGCAAGCGGUGGGAAGUGGCCAAAACGUUUGAGAGUGCCAAAUUGCGGACACUCUUGGUGAUGCUCGAGAAUCUGAAGAAGAAGAAGGACUACAAGGUGCUUGUAUUCUGCCAUUCGGUGGGAAUGCUGGACAUUGUGCAAGACGCGAUACAGAACAGUUACGGGUACUGUCGGAUUGACGGCAAAUUGAACGCCAAAGCACGCGCUAAGAUGGUGCACUCCUUCUACAACGACGAGGACAAGUUCUUGUUUCUGAUCAGCAAGACAGCCGGUGGCACAGGUCUCAAUCUGGUUGCGGCCAACGUGGUGAUUAUUUUGGACCCGGAGUGGAACCCUGCCACCGAUGCACAGGCAGCCGAUCGGGCGUACCGAAUGGGUCAGACCCGCGAUGUGUUGGUGUACAAGUUUGUGACAAAGGACUCGUACGACGAGAUCAAGUACGCACGCCAGGGCUAUAAGAAUGAGCAGGUAGUAUGA